AUGGAGUCCACAUCGAAUACAAACAAUUCUUCACUUCCACACACAUUAAUAUUAGCUAUAAGCACUGGUUCAUUUUUUGCAGGGCUCGUAGGAUCACGAUGGAUAUUCAAAGAUAAAUUUUCAGAAGAAUUACCAGCAGAUAGUGCUGCCACCCUAGCAAAAACGGAUAAAGCAAAAAUACAUCGUAUCGCACGUUUAACAGCUGUGAAAGCUUUGGCCGCUGGCACUGUUUUAUGUUUGUCUGGCGCGGCGGUGAUGGCUUUUGGCGUGGGUACGAUGUUGGGUGUUAGUAGUUUAAAAGAAUUUCAUAUAAAAAUGAAAGAGAUAGUACCUAAAUAUAAUAAGAGUAUUACGGGAGUUGAUUUUGGAGGAUUGAAAACUAAUCCUACAACGAAACCCAAUCUUGAAGCUGAAGAAAAAGAAGAUUGGAUUACGUUAAGUAAAGAAUGGGAGAAAUAUGUGUUGGAUAGAGACGAAUAUUUAAGGAAGAAGGAGGAAAAGGAAGCACAGAAGUCAUCUUGGCUACCAAUCACUAUCGUCAUUACCGACGACUACAUUACUAUAGGCUCGGGAAAGGAUAGAAUAUCAUGGGGUGCUGAUGAUUCUUCGAGCGAGGAAUUUUUCCUGUCCAAAAUAUUCUCGGAGGCGUUACAACCAUCACAAGUGAUUCCUUAUUAUUAUCGAGCAGAAGAAAAUAUCGAAGCGGAAGACAUCACAAUCACAACAUUAGUCACCCCAGAUAGGUUCCCUGUAUUUAAUCGUCUUGUCACCACGUAUAAAGGUCCUAUCUCUGUAACAAUACAUGUGAAUGAUAACCCAGAGACACGAGAUCAAUUACUCCAAGAGUUAGAAGACCUGUACACCACAAAUCCAUUGAUGAAAAAAUAUGUGGACGUACAUUUAAUAAUUGAUAAAUUUGAUCGCCAAUUUAACAUGUGGCGAAAUGUGGCGAAAUUCUUUGCGAGAACGGAAUACAUAAUGAUGUUAGACGUGGAUUUUUUCUUGUGCACGAAUUUUCGCACUAAAAUUUUAAAUGAUCCCACCAUCAUGGAAAAAUUACGCGCAGGCAAUACUGCUUUAGUUGUACCGGCAUUCGAAUAUGUCAAUCUCGAAGAGGGUAAAAACCCAGAAAGAUUCCCGAAAACAAAAGAAUCAUUAAUCGAGGAAGUGCUUUCUGGCCGAUUGAAUAUGUUCCAUUCGUCCUGGCAGAAAGGACACGGCCCCACAAAUUACAAAAAAUUUUAUGAGGCUGAUGAGAUAUAUAUGGUCACAGAUUAUCAAUUUAGUUAUGAGCCUUACGCUAUUUUUCCAAAGAACAGUCCAUGGUGCGAUGAAAGAUUCAUUGGCUACGGAGCAAACAAAGCCGCAUGUUUAUUUGAAAUUUAUAUUUCCGGUAUUAAUUAUUGGGUGCUACCCGGCGACUUUUUAAUACAUCAAACGCACGCAUAUCCGGAAAAUGCACGAAAACAAGAGCGAAAAUACAAUAAAAGAUUAUACGAUCAUUUCCGCGAAGAAGUCUGUUUUCGAUAUGCACGCAGUUUCAUCACCAAUAAUGAAUGGGAUGCCGAAACAUCUCGGAAUUUAAAACAAGAAUGUCAAAAGAUACGGGGCUUUGAUCAGGCGAUAAAUUUUUUCGAUUCUGUUGAUUCGAAUUAA